UUAAACUCUCACCAACGCACAGUGACACACAAGUACCCUACUCUCUCUCUCUCUCUCCUUCUCUCUCUCUCUCUCUCUAUAUAUAUAUACCCCUCGCUUGUGCUCUGGCAGCUCUCAUUGUUGCCCUAGUUUCUAAGCCAUACUUUUCUCUUCUCGGAGGUUGACUUUGGUAAAUUGAUUUUCUCUCAUCUUCUCUCUCUAAUUCAAGGUUGGUAAAAUAUGGCUGAUGCUGAGGAUAUUCAACCCCUUGUUUGUGACAAUGGGACUGGAAUGGUCAAGGCAGGAUUUGCUGGUGAUGAUGCUCCGAGGGCUGUGUUUCCCAGUAUUGUUGGACGGCCUCGACAUACUGGUGUUAUGGUUGGGAUGGGUCAAAAGGAUGCCUAUGUGGGUGAUGAAGCUCAAUCAAAAAGAGGUAUUCUGACUCUGAAGUACCCCAUUGAGCAUGGUAUAGUCAGCAACUGGGAUGACAUGGAAAAGAUCUGGCAUCACACAUUUUACAACGAACUUCGUGUUGCUCCUGAGGAGCACCCAGUGCUUCUCACUGAGGCUCCUCUCAACCCAAAGGCCAACAGAGAAAAGAUGACCCAAAUCAUGUUUGAGACCUUCAAUGUGCCGGCCAUGUAUGUUGCCAUCCAGGCUGUCCUCUCCCUAUAUGCAAGUGGUCGCACAACUGGUAUUGUUUUGGAUUCUGGUGACGGUGUGAGUCACACUGUACCAAUAUAUGAGGGGUAUGCACUCCCCCAUGCCAUCCUUCGUUUGGAUCUCGCCGGUCGUGAUCUAACUGAUUCUUUGAUGAAGAUCCUCACUGAGAGAGGGUACAUGUUCACCACCUCUGCUGAGCGAGAAAUUGUUCGUGACAUGAAGGAGAAGCUUGCUUAUGUUGCCCUGGAUUAUGAGCAAGAACUUGAGACUGCAAAGAGCAGUUCUUCAGUCGAGAAAAGCUAUGAGCUUCCUGAUGGACAAGUUAUCACAAUUGGAGCGGAGAGAUUCCGUUGCCCAGAAGUUCUUUUCCAACCAUCUAUGAUUGGAAUGGAAGCAGCUGGAAUUCAUGAGACCACCUACAACUCUAUUAUGAAAUGUGAUGUGGAUAUCAGAAAGGAUCUGUAUGGCAACAUUGUUCUUAGUGGUGGGUCAACUAUGUUCCCUGGUAUUGCAGACCGGAUGAGCAAAGAGAUCACUGCUCUUGCUCCCAGCAGCAUGAAGAUUAAGGUUGUGGCUCCACCAGAGAGAAAAUAUAGUGUCUGGAUCGGAGGAUCAAUCCUGGCAUCCCUCAGCACAUUCCAGCAGAUGUGGAUAUCCAAGGGUGAAUAUGAGGAAUCUGGUCCAUCCAUUGUCCACAGGAAGUGCUUCUAAGUCCAAAAGAUGCUUAAAUGGUGUGUUAUUUUUUGCUCCAGUUGCUUUUUCGUGUAUGUGUCAUGUCAUGUUAAGGAUGAUGCCGCGGAUAAGAGGUCAGGAAGUAUCAAUGAACAAGGGUCUAUUCUGAGAUUGAUGCAUCAUAUUUUGUGGUGCACUGGAUGUGGUGGCAGGGAAUGGAGAGAGGCAUUUCUUGUGUUGGGUAAAUCCGUGGUUCAUCCGUGUCUUCUUUGUAGGUUGUUUGUAGAAAUGGAGUGAUUGUGCUGAUCUCUUUUUUCCCUCUUUUCUUUUUGUAUUUUUAAAGUCUACAUUUGAAGGAUUUUUUCCCUUGGACCAUUAAUGUUAAUAGUUAUAUGUAUCGAGAAAUUUUAUAUUAUCAUCAGUUCUUGGUCGUUAAUUCAUACAGC